AUGGUGUUUGAGAACCUGCCAAAAGCUCCAGGAGGCUUCACUCUCCAGGUAAAGAAGCCUCAGAUUCGCAAAGUCGUUCAGACCAUCUCUGCUCCCCCCUCGCGGUCGCCAUCCCAAACCGUAAACAGAGCGACGCCUCGGACUGUUCCCGCCGAGCGUCGAGAGAAGACUCAGGAGACCGUCAGGCCGUCAGUCUCGGGGGGAAGAGACCAUGCGUCAGCAAAGCGACGGUUAACUCCCUUACGGGACCGAAAACGCCCGACUCCAGAGCAGCGGCUGUCCAGUGAUAAUGACGACGAUGGAAGUGACACUGACACCUCCCUCGAAUUACGGAAACGCGCGAGAACAGGUGAAAGCGCAGAACCAGAUUAUACAAGGCGACUGCGGUCAGUCCAGGCAUUUUCUGGGGACGAGGCUAGACAGCUUCGAUUUGUACACGCGGCGGAAAUCACGUCUGAGCAAAAGCUAGGAAAGUUUAAGCCAGCGUUUGAGAAUACGAGCCAGACAUCGGAGAUACUUUUGCAGUAUCCCAGUGCGACGCCGAAAGAAAGAUACGAAGUCGUGGUACCACGCGACAACGACGAGUUUAAACCCCUCGAUGAUAUUGUGCAAGUUAUCGACACGGUAUCGCAAGCAUAUAUACCCGAAGACGAACUGGACGAGUUUAACAACGAGACGACGGGGAUCAAGCGAAGAUUACGGCGAGCGCUGGCGCGAGGAUCCGAGCCUGAGUUUCGCGAGGCUGUUACGGAAUACAACACGGCGAUCAAACGGCUUCGACAAAGUGGUAGUAUCGCGAAGAAACUGGACAAUACCUAUCGGCUUAGUCUCACUCACGUGGAGCGAAUCUUAACGCAAAUAUACUCCCGGACGGUGUCACCGGAAGUGGAGUCUCUUCGGCAAUAUGAAAACGGAACGGACAAUGUUUACGGGGAACUUCUCCCUCGAUUUAUAAGCACGAUAUUCAAAGAAACCGGGCUGAAGUCAAAUCAAGUCUUCGUCGAUCUCGGAUCCGGUGUCGGAAAUGUGGUCCUUCAGGCAGCAUUGGAAGUGGGAUGUGAGAGCUGGGGCUGUGAGACGAUGGAAAACGCCUGUCGCCUCGCACGGCUUCAACAGACGGAAUUUAAGGCUCGGUGUCGGUUAUGGGGGAUUGCACCAGGGAAGACGCAUUUGGUGGAAGGCGAUUUUUUGCAGAAGCAGACCAUCAUCGACGUACUGAAAAGGGCGGACGUCGUUUUGAUCAACAACCAAGCUUUUACACCGCAACUCAACAACGAACUCAUCAAUCAUUUCUUGGAUAUGAAAGAGGGAUGCCAGAUCGUCUCUCUCAAGUCUUUCGUGCCUGUCGGUCAUAAGAUCCAGUCGCGUAAUCUCAACUCACCUAUCAACCUUUUGACUGUGAAGCAGAGACACUAUUGGUCUAAUAGCGUCAGUUGGACGGAUGUUGGGGGCACUUAUUUCAUUGCGAAGAAAGACAGUUCUCGACUCAAGGCGUUUGCGGAUAGUUUGUCCUGA